CACAUCAAAGCAGAUCGAGACAAGAAGUACUCGACACUCAAGCACUCUACUCUCUCACGCCUGGUUCCUCGCCAAAUCAGCCCUAGACAGCGAAGAGACUCAAGAUAGUACGCAACUAUCCUCGGGCCGAGCAUCUGCUACCACGCAACAGCUUCGCUCAGCAUUUGUGCUCUUCUUCUUGUCCUGCUUCUUUCCUCCAUUUCCUACCUUGGAUAUUGCGACCACGCAAACUUUUCUCACUGCCUGCAUUCCCAGAGGGCAAAAAAGAGUCACAGCCCGACUUCCUCACAUUGGGCUCUGUCUACCGCCCAAUUCACCCAGACCACCCACCUACCUCCAAGCACCAGACAACACAGCACAGCGCAGCACAGCGCAGCACAGCGGACUCGCCAAAGCUUCGGCAGUUUCCCAGCACGUCCACUGUCACUGCUAGCGCCUAGCACCCGCGCUACCAGGGAUACCCACUGCCGCUGGAAAUUAUCUGCCUAGACCAGCCUUCAAUCUCGGCUUACCUAUUCCACUUCCUCAUCUCUUCCUUUCAACGGCAAGGCUGCUGCGCAUCGACCAGCAUUUUCUCGCCACCAAAGACGCGCAUCUUGUCUUCUCUCCUUUCUCUACUUUUUCCACUUCAUCAUCCUCUUCUUCGCAACUCACGCACAAAUGGCCACUCCUCAGUCCACCGCCUCCUUCGAGGCCUCCGGCCCCAAGAAGCUCGAGCAAAUCACCUUUCGCUUCUGCUCCGAGUGCUCCAACAUGCUGUACCCCAAGGAAGACGAAGACGCCCACAAGCUGCAGUUCACCUGCCGAACCUGCCAGUACACCGAAGAUGCCCAGUCGACCUGCGUCUUCCGCAACGUGCUCAACAACUCGUCCGGCGAGACGGCCGGUGUGACUCAGGACGUUGGUUCUGAUCCCACGCUCCCACGAUCCAACAAGGCCUGCCCGAGAUGCAGCCAUCAAGAAGCUGUCUUCUUUCAGUCGCAGGAGCGUAGUGCUGAUACUGGCAUGAAACUGUUUUACGUCUGUUGCGAGUGCGGUCAUAUUUUCGAUUAAAUGCGAUCACGAUUGGCGAUACCCCGAUUCGUUCGAGACGUCUUUUCAAAGAGGGAAAAAUACUUGGACCUGUUUUAGAGACGUUGUCUCUUGUUCUAUUUCCUUUCUAGUUUAUUUUAUGUGUAUUCUCAGGGUUGGCGUCGAGGAUGGGAAGAAAACAAAAUGCCGUGGAAUAUUUCAUGUUCACGAGUUUAUUAGGAUUGCUUUAUAACGCCGAACUAGAAUAUACAGGUGACGCGGCGUUUGGAGGAUCAUAUACAUAUAUAGAAGCGGUUUGCUAUUAUUGCUAGGUUGGUGUUGCAUUGUCACAUCUUGGGAAUCUAAUAUAUUGGUUUUUCUCUCGAGAA